GGGGCGCCCCCUAGCGGCGGGGCGGGGCGCAGCCGGCGCCAUGGCGGAGCUGGGCGCCCACCUCACGGCCCCCUCGGCCGGCGACGACCGGCCCUCCAUCUUCGAGGCGGUGGCUCAGGACAGCCUGAUGGCCGCCGUGAAACCCGCCCUGCAGCACCUGGUCAAGGUGCUUGUUGAAUCUAAUCCUGGCCGAUAUGGCUUCCUCUGGCACUGGUUUGAUGAGAUCUACGUCCUUCUGGAUUUGCUGCUCCAGCAGCACUAUCUGACCAGGUGCAGUGCCUCCUUUUCUGAAAACUUCUAUACCUUAAAGAGGAUACCAACAGGAGAUCACAGACAGCAGCCUCUGGCCACUGCUGGCCUGCCAAAGAGGCAGCACUGGAAGUCUCUCCUCUUGCUGGUUCUUGUUCCUUACCUGAAAGGAAAGCUGGAGAAACUGGUGUCCAGCCUGAGGGAAGAGGAUGAGUACUCCAUCCACCCUCCAUCAUCAUCCUGGAAGCGCUUUUACAGAGCCUUUCUAGCUGCCUACCCCUUUGUAAACAUGACCUGGGAGGGCUGGUUUCUCAUCCAGCAACUGUGCUAUAUCCUUGGGAAAGCUCAGCAUCACUCACCCAUGCUGCGGCUGGCUGGUGUUCGCCUUGUCAGACUAACUGCAGAGGAUAUGCAGGCCCUGGAGAAGAAAUUGGCUGGAGCCACUGCAAGUCAAACACACAGCAUUAAAACACAAGUGCAGUCAGCAGUGAGGAAAGCGUUGGCUGGCAUUGCCUUCUCCCUGUCCACCGGGCUGUCCAUCAGCGUGUUCUUCCUCCAGUUCCUGGACUGGUGGUACUCCUCAGAAAACCAAGAGACGAUCAAAUCUCUGACAGCACUUCCAACUCCUCCACCCCCCAUGCACCUCGACCAUGGGGCCGGCUCAGCUCUCUUACCCAAACUGAAGACCAUGUGCCCUCUGUGCCGCAAAAUUCGCGUCAAUGCCACGGCCCUGUCCACGUCCGGCUUUGUGUUUUGCUACCGCUGUGUGUACAAUUACGUGAAGACUCACCAGCGCUGCCCGAUCACAGGCUACGCCACAGAGCUGCAGCACCUUGUCAAACUGUACUCUCCCGAGAGCUGAAAGGCCUGCCUCGUGCUGUCAGAGAGAUACAUCUCUGAGGCUAGCGGCUGGGUAGCAGCGAGCCUAAAUUUGCCCCUUCUUAUGUCCCAUAGAAGACUUUCAACCACUACAACUCAUCAGUGAUCUCUGAAGCUCCUUUGAACUUUGGUACAUCAGCGUUUUGCUGCCUUUGCGUAUUCUGGUAAGGCUCUCCCCUUUGUUUAUUAGCUGUUUAAACAUCCUGUGACAGUUUCAGAGGGAUCGGACAGCCACAAUCCUGUCAGCUGGCACAGAAAUGCCUUCAAAGACCAACCGAAAGGGAAGAAACAUUGAUUUGGAUAAGAAGAAUGCA